AUGCUGCUGUUUGUGCUCCUGUUACAUAAUGCGGUAGCUAGUGAUUACCACAAAGACGCAAAUUACACUAUAAAACGUGUGGAGACAUGUCCGGAUGUAGGCUUCUUUUUCGAGCGAGAGUUUGCAUCAAACAACUUGGAGCCAGGUGUUUGCCACCUCUGCUUCUGUAAAGGUGACGGGACUGCUGUUUGCUGGCAAAAAAGAAACAGCCGUUGUGAUGCGAAGUCACACAGAACACUUAUGAAAAGAGGAGCAAGAAUUCGUCGGAGUCCAGCUGGUUUUGCUGAUGUUGCUUUAAAAGACGCUGCCAGGAAUUUUUUCAGCAAGCAGCCGCCGUAUCACUGCAAGCCGCUUGGGUCCAGUUUUAGCGAUGGGUGUCCACCAGAUGAUUGGUGUCUUGGAUGUACAGUCUGUGAUUGCGAUACCUCUGGUCACUGGAGCUGUCAUAUUUUAAGUUUUUGCUCGGACAAAAAAGCGCUUAAACAAUUUCAAAACCACAAUAGCACAUUCACCCGAAGACCUAUUAAAAUUCACCCGAAAUCAUCCAACCACACUAAUAGUGUAACAUUAAAUAAAUCUACAAAAAAAUUCAACAUUAAUGUAAAAUCUAAUAAUAUGAAGAAACCACGAAAUCAAGAGUUUUCUAUACCAAAACAAAAAUCAUCUAUUAUGACAUCAAAAUUAUUACCAAAACAUGACGAUAAAAUGGUUGUUAUUGAAAAGGAACUUGUAGGACGAAAACCUACAGAAGCAGAGGGUGUUAGAGCAAAAAAGAUUUUAAAUGAAAACAAUCCUAAUAUAAAAUUAACUCAUAAAGUAGUUCAAAGGGUAAUGACAGCUGCACAGAAGAUAAUAAAUAAGAAUGAAAGAAAUAUUGCAAACGCUACUAAAUUAAUCAAAGUUAUCCAAAAACGUUCAAUGAUGAAUCACGAGGACACUGGUUCAAAAUCUACUAUCUACAAUCAAACAGAAUAUAUGGCAUCGAGAAUGUAUAAAAAACCAAGUCCAAGGAAGUUUAGGAAAAAACUCUCGAUGAAAAACAUUGCCGACUUUAAUAAAGCAAGUGAUAGCAAAAGAAUGAAGAGACAUGUUGUAUAUCAAGGUAAUGUUACAAAAACACAGCAAACGACGACAGAUUUUAACAAGUAUUAUCUUCGUAGAACUCAACAAAGCACAGUACCAAUACUACCAAUGGAAUUGAACAAGUCCAGAUAUUAUAAAUAUAAUGUAGUUACAGAAAAAUAUUUUGACGUAAGCAAAUCUAACAUAACUGUGCACAGAAAUCAAACACAAAACUUGUCUACUAACUUACGUCCAAAUUCAAAUGAAUUAAAGUUUGCAAUAUUGUAUCAUGCUAAGAAUAAAGAAGAAAUAGUUUCUACGAAUAAAACAGGUAUUAACUAUUUUACAACUGUGGAUAAUAUUAACAAAGCCUUUAACAAUUCAUAUAUUAGUACAUCAAGUGAAACAAAUCUUGUAAAACAAAAUAUAAGAUUCAGUCGACAAGAAAGCUUAAAGACAAAUGGAAUAAUAUUAAGAAAUGUAAGUAACGACCUGAAUUUAAUGAGUAGUCUACUAGACAGAAAUGAAAACGCAUCAGAAACCUUGAAAACAAAAAUUGAAAAGCAUGACUUUAAGCACAAAAUCAAAGUAAAACAUUUAAAUUUUUUGACAUACUUAAAAGGACUCUUUGCCAAAAUAUUUGCACGAAGUAAAAUAAUUCAAAAUAUUAAAAAGGUUGGUAGACCAGAACUACUCGAUAAACAAAAUAUCUUAGAUACAUUUUGUAUUAAAAAAUUAGAAUGUAAAGUUCAUCCACAAGACGAGAUAAAAUUGCAGAUUAAAAUGAAUGAGCUAAAUGGCGAAUUGUAUAAUAUUAUAGAAACAACAAAAAUAAUUAAGAAACUGUUAAAAAUAAUUAUGACUAAUGGUAAAAAUGAAACAAAUGAAAAAAACUUUCGUUAUGAUAUACAAAGUUAUUCUAUGACUAGGUUUCUAAAUAAAACAAAUAACGCAAAAUUGAGAGAUAAAAGAAAUCUUCAGAUCUAUUAUAUAAAACAUAGUAUAAAUAUUUUUAUAAAAUCUAUUGGGAAAUUUCUAAAUAUUCUUCAAGAAAUACUUAAUAUUUUGACAUUCAGGGAAGGCAACAAACGAUCAACACAUCGUCCUUUACGAUGCACUAAAGUAAUAAAUAAAACGAAUUCUAAAGCCUUAACAAUGGAGCAGAAAUUCAAAAAACUUAAAUCGAUUAUAGUUAAUUACAAUCUCCUCCAAAACACUUUUAUAAAGAAAAUUUAUGAAAUGUUGACCAAAAUGGAAUCAAAUUUAACCAGUGCCGAAAAGAAAAAUAAAUUAAAAAAUCCUGAUAAGGAACAUAAAAAUAACAAAACUCUUGCUCUUGAGACCUAUACGAAGAAUAUAAUUGAAAAUCUUAGAAAACUGAAAAAAUUAGCUCAGACGUUGACUCAAACACAUAGAAAAAAAAGGGCGACGACGAUGAGAGAUGAUGAUGCGAUAGAAUAUUUAUUGAUGCUGAUGGAAUACCUGCUGAAACAGAACUAUCCAUUAGACGCCGCUCCAGUAAAUGAUGGCAUUGAUUUGUUGAUUGAUGCAAUAAAACACGCACCAGACAUAAAGUUCAUAAAGAAGAAAGUUCUUGACACCCCAACAACAAAAACAACUGUAACACGGACUACAGAAAAACCGACAGCCGCAACUUUCUCAUAUGUGGCUAAUAUAUAUGGUAUAGAUAGUUUGGAAAAGGAAAAUAAUACGUUGGACUCUGAAGAAAAUGAAGUUAUUUUUCCGCCAAAGUCUACUGAUGAUGGGAACAAAAAAGAAGGUUUUCAAAAACUUCUUUACGGACAAAGAAAAUUUAGUAAUAGUUUUAAGUUAAGCAAUUUAAAUAGUGUGGGUAGUAAUUCUGACUUGAAUUUUGUACUUUCUACACUAGCACCAUCAAUUACUCCUACUCCGUUAGUAAAAUAUGACUUUAGUAAUGUGCCUCUAGAUACUGAAAACUUUGCAAAAAGUGAGCCUCAAGUUGAUAUACACGAAAAAGAUGAUGACGUGAUAAACUUUAAAUCGCACAAAAAUGAUAACGAAAUAAGCAAAGAUAUUGUAAAUCUAGAAUCGAUUCACGCCGAUAAUGAAGAAAAUUCUCCGACUGUAGGAAUAGUUGUUACUGAGUCAGACAUUGACAUUCCAAUAACAUUUCCAACACGAACAGUGCCAGUAGAAGAAGUAACAACACGUAAAUUUCAUCACAUGACUAAAGAGAAAUUCGAAAGUCUUGAUACUUUCACAAAUAAUAGAAAAAACACAAAAUCGAAAGUUGGCUGGGUUGAAUAUGAUCAAGAGGAAAAUAGUGGUAAAUUAGUUCAACGGAAAACCACGUCCAAAACUAAGAUGGGUCUAUCUGCUUUAAAAAAAGGAAUGAAAGCAAAUAAAAACGAUAUAAGUACUAUAAGUAAGGAAAUCAUGGAUGAGAAAAAGAAGAGAUUUGAUAAAAUGAAUUCAGACCCUUUACUCAAAAAUAGAUUGGAUUUGGUAAAUUCAAUAGAAUAUAGUACUUUAAGAUUUGAUAUAGACACGUCGGAUUCUAAAGAUGGCGAGCUGGAAGAUACGUACGUCAACGAUAUUUUCCCAUCUUAUUUCGCAUGA